AUGGGACUCGAUGGCUUCAAGGGUUCCUCCCGACAGGAGCAGUUCUGUGAUUCUGUGCAAUGGCGCCUGGCUGGGGACGCUGUGACACCCGUGGGAUGGCCCCCCAAGGAUCUGUCCCCCCUGGCCGAGGCCAUGGGGCAGCCCCUGGGCUGGGGGUCCAGCGAGCCCCCCGGGGGGACCCCCCCGGGGCAGCGGCAGCGCCGCCCCCCCCACCCCAAGCACAAGGGCCAGGGGGGCACGGGGGGCGUCCAUCGCUCCCCCCGCGCCCUCUUCUGCCUCCGCCUCAACAACCCCAUCCGCCGGGCGGCCAUCAGCAUCGUCGAGUGGAAGCCCUUCGACAUCCUCAUCCUCGCCACCAUCUUCGCCAACUGCGUGGCCCUGGGGGUCUACAUCCCCUUCCCCGAGGACGACUCCAACACCUCCAACCACAACCUGGAGCAGGUGGAGUACGUGUUCCUCAUCAUCUUCACGGUGGAGACGUUCCUGAAGAUCAUCGCCUACGGGCUGGUGCUGCACCCCAGCGCCUACAUCCGCAACGGCUGGAACCUGCUGGACUUCGUCAUCGUCAUCGUGGGGCUGUUCAGCGUGAUCCUGGAGCAGGUGUCCCACAAGCCGGGCGAUGCCCACCACAUGAGCGGCAAGCCGGGCGGCUUCGACGUCAAGGCCCUGCGCGCCUUCCGCGUGCUGCGCCCGCUGCGCCUCGUCUCCGGCGUCCCCAGCCUCCACAUCGUGCUCAACUCCAUCAUGAAGGCGAUGGUGCCGCUGCUGCACAUCGCGCUGCUCGUGCUCUUCGUCAUCAUCAUCUACGCCAUCAUCGGCCUCGAGCUCUUCAUCGGCCGCAUGCACAAGACCUGCUUCUUCAUCGGCUCUGACCUGGAGUCCGAGGAUGACCCCUCUCCCUGCGCCUUCUCGGGGCACGGCCGCGCCUGCCUGCAGAACAACACCGAGUGCCGCGGCCGCUGGGAGGGGCCCAACGGCGGCAUCACCAACUUCGACAACUUCUUCUUCGCCAUGCUCACCGUGUUCCAGUGCAUCACCAUGGAGGGCUGGACCGACGUGCUCUACUGGAUGCAGGACGCCAUGGGCCACGAGCUGCCCUGGAUUUACUUCGUCAGCCUCGUCAUCUUCGGCUCCUUCUUCGUCCUCAACCUGGUGCUGGGGGUGCUGAGCGGGGAAUUCUCCAAGGAGAGAGAGAAGGCCAAGGCCCGUGGGGACUUCCAGAAGCUGCGGGAGAAGCAGCAGCUGGAGGAGGAUCUGCGGGGCUACAUGGACUGGAUCACCCAGGCCGAGCUGGAGGGCGACGAGGAGGACGGGGAGCAUGAGAAGCACCGUCUGACCGCCGAGGACCUGAUGGGGAAGCGGAAGCCGCGGCUGAAGUGGCUGCGCCACACGAGUCACUCGACUGACACCCACGCCAGCCUCCCGGGCAGCGAGACCACCUCGGUGAACACGGAGACCGUGGGCGAGGAGGAGGCGCCGCCGACCGCCUGCGACCGCUGCCUGGGCAAAAUUACAAAGACAAAAUUCUGCCGCCGCCUGCGCCGCCUGAACCGCCUGUGGCGCCGGCGCUGCCGCGCGGCCGUGAAAUCCGUGUCCUUCUACUGGACCGUGCUGCUGCUCGUGUUCCUCAACACGCUCACCAUCGCCUCCGAGCACCACGGGCAGCCGCCCUGGCUCACCGAGACACAGGCGUACGCCAACAAGGCGCUGCUGUCGCUGUUCGCCGCCGAGAUGGUGCUGAAGCUCUACGCGCUCGGGCCCUCGUGCUACUUCGCCAGCUUCUUCAACCGCUUCGACUGCUUCGUGGUGUGCGGCGGCGUGCUGGAGACCGCGCUGGUGGAGCGCGGCGCCAUGGAGCCGCUCGGCAUCUCCGUGCUGCGCUGCGUGCGCCUGCUGCGCGUCUUCAAGGUGACCCGGCACUGGGCAUCCCUGAGCAACCUGGUAGGGUCCCUGCUGAACUCCAUGAAAUCCAUCGCCUCCCUGCUGCUGCUGCUCUUCCUCUUCAUCAUCAUCUUCGCUCUGCUGGGCAUGCAGCUCUUCGGGGGCCGCUUCAGCUUCGACGAGACCCAGACCAAGCGCAGCACCUUCGACACCUUCCCGCAGGCCCUGCUGACCGUGUUCCAGAUCCUGACGGGGGAGGACUGGAACGCGGUGAUGUACGACGGGAUCAUGGCCUACGGCGGGCCCGUGUUCCCCGGGAUGCUCGUCUGUGUCUACUUCGUCAUCCUCUUCAUCUGCGGGAACUACAUCCUCCUCAACGUUUUCUUGGCCAUCGCUGUGGACAACCUGGCCGACGGUGACAACAUCAACUCAGGGGGGGACAAAAAGGACAAGGCCGGGGAGGCAGAGGCGGGGACGGAGAGCCAGGACGUGGCUGUGAAGGUUGAGGGGGAUCAGCCGCAGGAGGAAGAGGAGGAGGAGGAGGAGGAGGUGGAGGAAGGUGACGAGGAGGCCGGGGGCGAGCGGGACAGCCUGGGGAGGGCCCGGCUGGAGUCCCUGGAGGAGACCCCCAAGCCCAAGGUGACCCCGAUCCCCGAGGGCAGCGCCUUCUUCGUGCUGAGCAGCACCAACCCGCUGCGGGUGAAGUGCCACGCCCUGAUCAACCACCACAUCUUCACCAACCUCAUCCUCGUCUUCAUCAUCCUCAGCAGCAUCUCGCUGGCCGCAGAGGACCCCGUUCGCGCCCACUCGCCCCGCAACCACAUGACGGUGUUUGGAGGAUUCCUGCACAAAGGCUCCUUCCUCCGCAACUGGUUCAACCUGCUCGACGUGCUGGUGGUCGGCGUGUCCCUCAUCUCCUUCGGCAUGCACUCCAGCGCCAUCUCGGUGGUGAAGAUCCUGCGGGUCCUGCGCGUCCUGCGGCCCCUGAGAGCCAUCAACCGGGCCAAGGGCCUCAAGCACGUGGUGCAGUGCGUGUUCGUGGCCAUCCGCACCAUCGGGAACAUCAUGAUCGUCACCACGCUGCUGCAGUUCAUGUUCGCCUGCAUCGGGGUGCAGCUCUUCAAGGGCAAGUUCUACAGCUGCACUGACGAGGCCAAGCACACGCCAGGAGAGUGCAAGGGGACAUUCCUGGUGUACAAGGAUGGGGACGUGUCCCACCCGUCGGUCCGGGAGCGCCUCUGGCUCAACAGCGACUUCAACUUCGACAACGUCCUGGCGGGGAUGAUGGCCCUGUUCACCGUGUCCACCUUCGAGGGGUGGCCCGCGCUGCUGUACAAGGCCAUCGACGCCAACGCCGAGAACCAGGGGCCCAUCUACAACUACCGCGUGGAGAUCUCCAUCUUCUUCAUCGUCUACAUCAUCGUCAUCGCCUUCUUCAUGAUGAACAUCUUCGUGGGCUUCGUCAUCAUCACCUUCCGCGCGCAGGGCGAGAGCGAGUACCGCAACUGCGAGCUCGACAAGAACCAGCGGCAGUGCGUGGAGUACGCGCUGAAGGCGCAGCCGCUGCGCCGUUACAUCCCCAAGAACCGCACCCAGUACCGCGUGUGGGCCAUGGUCAACUCCACCGCCUUCGAGUACAUCAUGUUCGUGCUCAUCCUGCUCAACACCAUCGCCCUGGCCGUGCAGCACUACGAGCAGUCCAAGCCCUUCAACUACGUGAUGGACCUGCUCAACAUGGUGUUCACGGGGCUCUUCACCGUGGAGAUGGUGCUCAAGAUCAUCGCCUUCAAACCCCGGCAUUACUUCUGUGAUGCCUGGAACACCUUUGAUGCCCUCAUCGUGGUGGGCAGCGUGGUGGACAUCGCCGUCACCGAGGUCAACAACGGGGGGCACGUUGGUGAGAGCUCGGAGGACAGCUCCCGCAUCUCCAUCACCUUCUUCCGGCUCUUCCGCGUGAUGCGCUUGGUGAAGCUGCUCUCCAAGGGCGAGGGCAUCCGCACCCUGCUCUGGACCUUCGUCAAAUCCUUCCAGGCCCUGCCCUACGUCGCUCUGCUCAUCGCCAUGAUCUUCUUCAUCUACGCCGUCAUCGGGAUGCAGACCUUCGGGAAGGUGGCGCUGCAGGACGGGACCCAGAUCAACCGCAACAACAACUUCCAGACCUUCCCCCAGGCCGUGCUGCUGCUCUUCAGGUGUGCCACGGGGGAGGCGUGGCAGGAGAUCAUGCUGGCCAGCCUGCCGGGCAAGCGCUGCGACCCCGAGUCGGACGCGGGCCCGGGGGAGGAGUUCACCUGCGGCAGCAACUUCGCCAUCGCCUACUUCAUCAGCUUCUUCAUGCUCUGCGCCUUCCUGAUCAUCAACCUGUUCGUGGCUGUCAUCAUGGACAACUUUGAUUACCUGACGCGUGACUGGUCCAUCCUGGGCCCGCACCACCUGGACGAGUUCAAGCGCGUGUGGUCCGAGUACGACCCCGCAGCCAAGGGCCGCAUCAAGCACCUGGACGUGGUGACGCUGCUGCGCCGCAUCCAGCCCCCGCUGGGCUUCGGGAAGCUCUGCCCACACCGUGUGGCCUGCAAGCGCCUGGUGGCCAUGAACAUGCCCCUCAACUCGGACGGGACCGUCACCUUCAACGCCACGCUCUUCGCUCUGGUCCGCACCUCCCUCAAGAUCAAGACGGAAGGGAACCUGGAUGUGGCCAACAAGGAGCUUCGGGCUGUGGUGAAGAAGAUCUGGAAGAGGACGAAGCCGAAGCUGCUGGACGAGGUCAUCCCCCCGCCCGAGGAGGAGGAGGUCACCGUCGGGAAGUUCUACGCCACCUUCCUGAUCCAGGACUAUUUCCGCAAGUUCCGGCGGCGGAAGGAGCGCGGGAUGCUGGGUGCCAACGCAGGCCCCAGCAACGAGUGUGCGCUGCAGGCCGGGCUGCAGACGCUGCAGGCGCUGGGCCCUGAGAUGCGCCGGGCACUGAGUGACCUGGAGGGGGACGAGGGCGGGGACGCCCCUUCCGAGGAGCCACUCACCUACGCAGCCCCCGAGACGCUCUACGGCUCCGCGCCCGGCUCCCCCCUGCUCUCGGAGCCGCCCCCCGCCCCCAGCCCCGCGCCCACCGAGGGGGAGGACCCCGCGCCCCCCUCUCACGGGGGAGCCCCCCGCCCUGGCGGCAGGCGGCGCUCCGACGGGGGGGACCAGGAGGAGGAAGCCCCCGGCGAGGAUGCGGAGGAGCCGGGAGGGGAGCCGGGGGACGUCAGCCACGACGAGGAGCUGGAGAGCUCGGCCGCGGCCCGGCGCCGCUGGGUCGGGGACAGGGCGCCGGGACCCCCGCGCUGGGCGGCGGAGCUGCCCCGGGGGGGGUCGCUGCCGCUGCCCCCCCGGCACUUCGCGUUCGGCAGCGGCGCUCGCGAGGGGCAGCAGCUGAAACGGCGCCGGCUCCUGCCCCCCACCCCCGCGGGCCGGAAGCCCUCCUUCACCAUCCAGUGCCUGCGGCGGCAGGGUAGCUGCGAGGACGAGCCCAUCCCGGGCACUUACAACCCCUCGGGCCCGCCCGGCCCCGCCCGCCCGCAGGGCUACGGCAGCUCCGAGACCUGGCGCCUGGGGGGCUCCUCGCAGGCCUGGGCGGCCCCGGCCCGCGGGCACGUUCUGUACGCGCCGCUCAUCCUGGUGGAGGGGGCUCCGGCGGCGGGGCCGGGCGGCAGCCUGCCCCCCCUCAACCGCUGGUUCCCCCCCGCGCCGCUGCGCCUGCGGCCCUGCGGGCCCCACGACGCGCUGGCCCGGGGCUCGGCCGACAGCCUGGUGGAGGCCGUGCUGAUCUCGGAGGGGCUGGGGCUGUUCGCCCGCGACCCCAAGUUCGUGGCGGUGGCCAAGCGCGAGAUCGCGGACGCGUGCGACAUGACGAUGGACGAGAUGGAGAGCGCGGCCGCGGACCUGCUGACCCGGCGCCGCGCCCCGCCCGCGCCCACGCCCGCCGUCUACAGCGACGAGGAACCGCUGCGGCCGCCGGCGGAGGAGGAGCUGGCGGACGAGAUGGGCUGGGCCGGCGGCGUCUAGAACCCGGCACCGCGGAGCGGGGACGGCUCUAGAACCCGGCACCGCGAGUGUGGGCAGGCCGGCUCUAGAUCCCGGGGUUGUGAGGCGGGCUCUAGAACCCGGCACCGCGAGUGUGGGCAGGCCGGCUCUAGAACCCGGGGUUGUGAGGCGGGCUCUGGAACCCGGCACCGCGAGUGU